GUUGAAUUUAUAUUCGCUGAGAUUUGCGAAAUUCUACGCCAACAGCAUUUGGCUCGAACAAAGAGCAAUGUGUUCGAGAUUUCUAGUUUUCUUCCUUGGAAAUUGGUUGUUGGUGUCUGCAUUCCAAAAACUAUCGACCCGCCAUGGUUUGAGCCUGGACAAAGAUCCACUAAACCAGACCGUGUCUCUGAAGAACGUGGUGAUGGACUUUCAGGCUCGAAACAUCGGCAGGAGGUUCAACAACUUCACCAUCAAGUCGCCGAGAUCGCCCAUCAAUGAUGGGGUCAGCAAAAAUAUCACCAUGGUGCUGGAAAAUCUUCUGAAGAAUUACGAGAGUUCACAGCUGCCAACUCAUGGAAGAGACAUACCGACCAUAGUCCACACCAACAUCCUCAUCAGAAGCAUGGGACCUGUAUCAGAGCUUGACAUGUCCUUUCAGGAGUAUUCGAUGGAUUGUUACUUCAGGCAAUACUGGAGAGACCAAAGAUUGUCAUUCUUCGGACCAAUCAAAUCUCUCUCCUUGUCCAUCAAAAUGUUGGAGAGAAUCUGGAGACCAGACACUUUCUUUUACAACGGGAAAAAUUCUUACGUCCAUACCAUCACCGUUCCCAACAAGCUCUUGAGGAUCAGUCAAGAUGGGGACAUCCUUUAUUCUAUGAGGUUGACUAUCAAAGCCAAAUGUCCCAUGGAGCUGAAGAGUUUUCCAAUGGACAGACAGUCUUGUCCACUAAUUUUCGGAAGCUAUGCCUACACUUCGAAAGAUCUGAUAUACCGUUGGCAAAAUGAACCAAGUGUCAAUUUUGUACCAGGAAUGACACUUUCACAGUUCGAUCUCAUCAGUUCGCCCUACAGGAAUUUCACAUUGAAAAGACGAGAAGGUGAUUUCUCGGUUCUCCAGGUAUCCUUCAACCUCCAGCGGCACACUGGAUACUUUCUCAUCCAAGUGUACGUCCCUUGCAUCCUGAUUGUCGUGUUAUCCUGGGUAUCGUUCUGGAUUCAUAGAGAAGCCACUAGCGACAGAGUGGGAUUGGGGAUAACCACUGUGCUCACUCUGUCCACUAUCAGUCUGGAUUCCAGAACAGAUUUGCCCAAAGUUAGAUAUGCCACAGCUCUGGACUGGUUCCUCCUCAUGAGCUUCUUCUACUGCAUAGCCACUCUGCUGGAGUUCGCCGGAGUUCACUACUUCACUAAAGUAGGCAGCGGGGAAGUCCACAUGACCGAGGACGAGUGGGAGGAGUGCAACGAGUCGGAAGAAGAACUGAUUGGCAGCGCUCAGGCGGAUCUGCUGGAAAUGACCAAUCUGGACGGCAGAGCCAGGAAGAGGAAUUCCAUCAUCUGUCCCAUUUAUAAUAACAGCACACUACACUACGAAAGUAGAAAAACUUCGCUGACAUCCCUCACCACUCAAGUUACUCCACCUCCACCACUGAGAUUAACCAUGGAGAGAACGACUCAAACCGAAUACAAGCUGCCCAAAUGGAAGCAAUUUUUGUACUGCCUCAAAGGUGAUGACAAAUUCAGGAGACAGAGACAACGAGAAGCUGCUGCAGCUAGUGAAUUAGGUAGAGGGAAUCAUCAUGGACAUCAUCAUCACAUGAGGCACGUGAACAGCGUUUCACUGAUCGACAGAGCUGCAAGGAUAGUUUUUCCAGCGUCUUUUGGAUUCUUCAACUUGUUUUAUUGGAUGGCUUACUUUAUGACACAAGAAAACUUCAAAUGGGGGGAUACCAAAUUGAGUGCACUGAACCACUAAAUGGAUAUACCGAUUCCUCGCUUGAUUCAAUAAGAUUGGUUAUUUUUGCUGUCAAUGUCAAUUUCAUUAACUUUUUAGUUAAUUCAGUCUGAGAUAAGUCGAUAGAUGAUAUUAUUAAAUUUUUAGUGAAUUAUUUCCUCUUACCAUAAUGCAACACGCUGUAUAGAGC